AUGAUGGAAAAAAGAAAAAAGAAGCGAAACGAUGAUAACGCCUGUAACGUUUAUAAACUGAAAGAGUUGCUCACCAAUGAUGAGAGCACUUCUGCUUGCGUUCAGUGUUGUGAAAGGAAUUCGUACGAGACGUGUAACAACAUUUUACAAUAUAUAAAAAAAGAUUUGAAUAUCCCCUUGUAUGUCCUUGACCUUGUCAGUAUUUAUAAUCACGACAACAUUGCAAAGUUCGUUAAAGACGUAUUUACAGAGUUUGUAAAAUAUGUUAAAAGAAAGAAAGUGUCCAAGUCGGUCCUGUUUCUGCCCUACUUUGAUGACUGGGUGGUGUCCAUAAGAGAGGGCAGCAAGGGGAAUCGCCACGUACAAGACGAUGAUGAUGAUUAUGAUGACGAUGGCAACCGCGAACCAGACGAAUCAACAAAUUUCUUCCAAACGGAUAGUCGGGGAAAAAAAAGCAACGCACGAGAUGUCCACAUGCAUAUAUAUAACUCCAUUUAUUACUUAAAAAAUAAGUUGCUAAAAAAAUUGAGCAAGAAAAAGCUCUGUGUUAAAAUAAUCGGUUUACACAAAACAAGAGGGGCUUUCGACUUAUAUAAUGACCUCUUUGAUUGCAAAAUAAUUAUCUCUCAUUUUGUCAGUACGCCCAUCCCAUACUACAUUCACAUGAACAGACACAUCCACAGAAGGUUUUCAAAGAAGAAAAAACUUUCAACCGACGAUGUGUACUCCGUUUUGUCUAACAAGGUGGAUUAUUUUGACAGCGCCCACGAAAAAAAUGUAAAUCUCUUUAAAUGCUUCUUUGCAUAUUAUUAUAAAUUUCAAAGGCGUGUUAUAAGAAGGUCCAGAAAAAGGAGACAGAGGACAAACCAGGAACUGACAAAGGUAAAUGAUCAAAAAGAAAGUCAAAGUUGCGAAUCAUUAAGUACAAAUUUUAAAUGGGUGAACUGCCUCACAAAUUUGAAGCAUUUUAAGUAUCUUCGAAAGUACAAAUAUUUUUUAUCCAGUAAAAAAAAAAAAAAAUUCACCAUUUUUUUGUUCACACAUAAUGACACAUAUAUUUGGAAACAUAUUAACGAACGAUUUUACUCACCUUAUUUUAUAAAAGAAUAUAUUUACACUCUUCUCAAAAGGCACACAAAGUUAAGUGUCACUUUUAAAUGUUCGGAGGGUGGCGAUUACGGUGCUGAUACGCCCGGGGUGCUUGGCAGGGAAGACGCCACAGGAGGGAACUUCACCCUUAUGAACAGCGGUAAAAAAUACGAUGCUUUGCAUGAUAAGCCAAAUUACUCCCACAGUAGAGACAACUGUUUCCAUGUGGAGCCCGACCCAGUCAGUUAUGCCAAACAAUGGAUAGACCCAACAUUAAUGUGCAGUAGACAAAUUCGAAAGGGCAAAAAUGAAGAUCAUUUAGCGCCUCUUAGGAAACGGUUCAUACUGAAAAAUAGGUACCAGCGUGAUGAUAACUACUGUGUGUACAAUUCGCAACCAAGAAGUUUAUUAAAAUUUUAUUUUAGCAAAAUUAAUAUACCGAACAUUUGUUUGAUAUAUGGGGGCAGUGGAGUGGGGAAAAGUACCUUACUGCAAUUUUUAGUGCACAUCCUUAGCUCAAAUUAUAAGGACAUCUCUUUUAGCGAAAAAGGGAUGGCCCUUUCAAACCGCAGCGCAGCUGAAAGGGAUGCAGGGGAGGUCAGGAAGAGCGGAAGCACUAACACGAGUAAGCAGAACAUGUAUGAAAGAAAAAGCUACAGACACGUGCCGUAUGCAUCUCUCAUGCGGAGGAUGAAUCUUCGGGAAAAGAAAAAAAUAUUUCUUCAAUUCCAAAAUGUGUGCAUAAUUCCAUUCGAAAAUCAUCUGUUGGUAAAUAAAACAAUCGGAGAAAAUAGCCGGUACAUAAAGAAAAUUUUCACCAUGGCCUUCAAAAACCAGCCAGCCGUUAUCAUUUUUGAUAACAUAGACCUAUUUCUUGAGAAAAACAGCAAUUACAAAUAUCCCGUGGAUGAUCAAAAUGAAGAUGUAUACAAAAACAUUUACAUUUUACUAAUACAUUAUUUGCGCAUGUACGUGAAUGGGUCAAACAGAAUAAAGUUUCUCGCAACGUGUAGUGUGCAUCCCCAGUUUUUUAAAUUUUCCUUCCUCAAUUUGGUGCAGCGUAUACUGUUCAUUUCGUGA